GACGUACUUCCUCUAAGUAUCGGCUACGGGGAAAAUAACAUCGAAAGCUUCCCCAGCCUCAAACAGAAACAUCAAAUAAUCAACGUCUUUACUAACUCUUACCACCGUCGACGAAUUCAUUGAGACACUCAACCCACCCAGCACAACAUGCCUCAGAACGAGCACAUUGAGUUACAUCGCAAGCGGCACGGCUACCGCCUCGACCACCAUGAAAAGAAAAGGAAGAAGGAAAGCCGUGAGGCUCACGAGCGCUCCCACAAAGCCAGGAAGUUGAUUGGUUUGAAGGCCAAACUGUACCACAAGCAGAGACAUGCUGAGAAGAUCCAGAUGAAGAAGACGCUCAAGAUGCACGAGCAGAGGAAGACCAAACAGAAGAACGAUGAUAAGACACCAGAGGGAGCAGUGCCAGCAUACCUGCUGGACAGAGAGGGACAGUCUCGUGCUAAGGUUCUGUCCAACAUGAUCAAACAGAAGAGGAAAGAAAAGGCUGGUAAAUGGGAGGUACCGCUGCCAAAGGUGCGAGCACAGGGAGAGACCGAAGUUCUUAAAGUCAUCAAGACCGGAAAGAGGCAAAAGAAGGCCUGGAAGAGAAUGGUCACCAAAGUUUGCUUCGUCGGCGACGGCUUCACCCGUAAACCUCCAAAGUAUGAGCGUUUCAUCAGACCCAUGGGUUUGCGUUUUAAGAAGGCUCACGUCACACAUCCAGAGCUCAAAGCCACAUUCUGCCUCCCCAUCCUCGGCGUGAAGAAGAACCCCUCCUCACCUCUCUACACCUCCCUGGGAGUGAUCACAAAAGGAACAGUCGUAGAGGUCAACGUCAGCGAGCUGGGCUUAGUAACACAAGGAGGAAAAGUUAUCUGGGGUAAAUACGCUCAGGUGACAAACAACCCAGAGAACGACGGCUGCAUUAACGCGGUUCUGCUCGUGUAAGACUCUUGACCUUUAUACAGACUGUGCCUGGUAACUCUACUUUUUACACGAGGAGUGUUGAAGACAACAAACAACACAGAGACGCAACAAGCAACCGCCUUCAAACAACAGGAAUGGUGAGAAGAUCACCCAGGUCGCACUUGGCAAAACAUUUUUUGUAACGGGAGGAUCUGAGGAAAAGAAAAGUGGUAAUGACUUUGAAAUGUGAUAUAAAUAAACUUGAUAUAACACCAGA